UGCAGCAGCCAUUCAAAGAGACGGUCACAAAGGCAAUCCAGAGAUCAGGAGGAAGACUCAACUCACAAGAUGCUGAAGCCUUGCCUUAGCAAAGGGGUCAUUUUAGUACCUUUAAUUCUUGUAGUUGGGCUUAUUUCUGCAAAGCCAGCUACAGGUGAAGAAGAAUCAGGAACAACAAUCCCUGCCGAAAGUCGUCCAUGUGUUGACUGCCACGCGUUUGAAUUCAUGCAGAGAGCCCUGCAAGACUUAAAGAAGACGGCUUAUAAUUUAGAUACACGGACAGAAACCUUGCUUUUUAAAGUGGAGAAGAGAACUCUGUGUGACUGUUUAACAGCAAAUGCCUUGAACUGAGUGCUGGAGUUCUACCCAGGAGGAGCAGUCUGUUCUUCAUUUUUGAAAUGCUGCUGUUAAUGCAGACAGAAUUGUGAAAUAAACUGCUACAAGCAUGUGAGCUGCAGGA